AUGGCGACAGGAGGAGGUUACGAUAAGUAUGGGAGUAAUUCCUCAAAUAAGAAUUCUCAAAAUAGAAACAAUGAUGGCAAUUUUUCAUCAGGAUCAAAUCGGUAUAAUCAAGAUUCAGACACAUCGCGUCACGGUUUAGGAUACGGCUCUAAUUUGCAACAGUAUGUUAGUAAUACAUCACAACAAGACACCACCAGCCGUCUAUCGGAUCUUGAUAAACAAACUCUUCAGCUUGUCGAAGAGUUAAAACGCAAGACUCAAACGGAAAUUCGAUCAAACCAAUCAACAGUCAACGAAAACUUUAUUGAACAACAUGUGGCCAAUAUCAGACGUAGUCGAAAUUCUAAGCAGCUCAAUGCUGAAGAAUGGAAAACAUAUCUAUCGCAAGAUAAUAAUAACUGUCCUGACAGCAUCUUGGAGAUAUUAAUGGCCUAUGGAGAUAACCCGAUCCAGGUGAAAACUGUGUUACAAAAGAAGAUUAAUGAAAUCGAGUCACCUACUGAUACUUCGCUGGACAAAAUUAUUGAACCUUUAAAAAAGCUGAAGAAAGAGACGUCUGACUUUUCUGCAUCUUCCAAUCUGUUCAACACUGUUCUCAAAAUCGAUGAUAAUAAAAUUGAUCGUGCUGAUCGUAUAUUUUACAGUGAAGCUUGUCAAAUGAUGGGUAAUCAGGAAAAUUAUACAGUUGAUAAUGCUCAUGAUCAAGUGCAAGCUGUCCGUCUGAUGCAUUAUUCUUCAGAAGACAAAAACGAACUUUAUCGUCUCAUCAAAAACUAUCGAACGUUUGAUGAUGCAUACUCUUAUCUACAAAGUCUUACACGACAACGAGCAAAAAGUUUUUUAUCAACUGCAUCGACAUCAACCACAAUGUCAUCUUCUAAACCCAAUGUUCAUAAAUCGUUAAUUAAGGCAGAAGUCAAUAAGGACGAUAAUGGCGCAAUAAAUAAUCCUCAUUCAUGUUCCGGUUCUGACAGCAAUCGGAAUGAUUAUAACGCAAUUUCACCAUCAUCAAAUCGUCUAUCAUCGGCACAGGCUAAUAGACCAAAAAGCAGCAGCAGAAGCGGCGGACAAACUUCUUCAGAAGGGAUUAAUACAUGA